UAGUAUCUUUUUACACUGAAUUCAUCUGAUUUCUGAGUUAUUUUAAUUCCAUAAUAUACUCAGUUACUUUCAGGAUUUUGUUUUGGCUUAUCUAACUAGUUUUUGGGGAAUUUUGGCAAGUUGUUUCUUUCUUUUCUUAAUUAAAAUUGAUAAUUUAAAAAUUGUAUUUUAUCUGUAUUUUUUAAAAUGUGUGUUAAAAAUGAAGUAAUCGGCAAAGCUGACAUGAGCUGUUUUGUCUUUACGCGAUUCAUAUAUUCAUAUAUAUGUAAUCACGUGUGCCCCGUUCUUUGACACAUCCAUUAAUCUCCAUUGCAGCAGCUUCGUGGCAUUACCUUUCUCUCUUUGUUACAAAGACAAAUCAAAAGUGAAAAAUCAUCAUGUUAGAGAAAGAGUUUUUCACCGAGUACGGUGAAGCAAGCCAAUACCAGAUCCAAGAAGUUGUCGGAAAAGGAAGCUAUGGCGUUGUUGCUUCUGCCGAAUGUCCACACACUGGUGGAAAAGUGGCGAUCAAGAAGAUGACCAAUGUCUUUGAACACGUCUCUGACGCCAUACGGAUCCUCAGAGAGAUCAAGCUACUCAGGCUUCUGAAACAUCCGGACAUCGUGGAGAUCAAACAUAUCAUGCUGCCUCCUUGCCGCAAGGAGUUCAAAGAUAUAUACGUGGUUUUCGAGUUGAUGGAGUCGGAUCUUCACCAUGUCUUAAAGGUAAAUGAUGACCUCACUCCUCAGCAUCAUCAAUUCUUCUUGUACCAACUUCUUCGUGGCUUGAAAUUCAUGCACUCAGCGCAUGUUUUCCAUAGAGAUCUGAAGCCUAAGAACAUUCUUGCUAAUGCUGAUUGCAAGAUCAAGAUUUGUGAUUUAGGACUUGCUCGUGUCUCCUUCACUGAUUCUCCUUCUGCCGUUUUCUGGACUGACUACGUUGCUACAAGAUGGUACCGCGCUCCAGAGCUCUGUGGUUCCUUCUACUCCAACUACACGCCGGCGAUUGACAUGUGGAGCGUUGGCUGCAUAUUUGCUGAGAUGUUAACAGGGAAACCCUUGUUCCCUGGCAAAAACGUUGUGCACCAGCUUGAACUUGUCACGGAUCUGCUUGGAACUCCCUCGCCAAUAACUCUAUCCAGGAUACGAAAUGAGAAGGCUAGAAAGUAUUUGAGUAACAUGAGGAGAAAGGAACCUGUUCCUUUCACUCAUAAGUUCCCAAAUAUCGAUCCUGUGGCGCUGAAGUUGCUUCAGCGUUUAGUUGCUUUUGAUCCAAAGGACCGUCCCUCUGCUGAAGAGGCUUUGGCUGAUCCGUAUUUUCAAGGAUUGGCUAAUGUGGACUAUGAACCUUCGAGGCAACCUAUCUCGAAGCUUGAGUUUGAGUUUGAAAGAAGGAAACUGACAAGGGAUGAUGUGAGAGAGCUCAUGUACAGAGAGAUUCUAGAGUACCAUCCACAGAUGCUACAAGAGUAUCUACAAGGAGAAGAGAACAUCAACUCUCAUUUUCUUUACCCAAGCGGAGUUGAUCAGUUUAAACAAGAGUUUGCUAGACUGGAAGAACAUGAUGAAGGUAUAGAGGAACGUAACUCCCCUCCUGUCCAGAGAAAGUACACUUCACUUCCAAGAGAACGGGUGUGCUCAUCAGAGGAAGAGGGUGCUGAUGCCCAAACCUCAUCAGCUUCAGUGGUGUUUACACCUCCACAUACUCCAAACACAGCGACUACUAGAUUAUCAUCACAGAAGACAACACAAGUAGACAAAGCAAAAGCAGCAGCAACUCCGGUUAAACGGUCUGCCUGUCUGGUGAGAAGUGAUAGUAUCUGUGCUUCCAGAUGUGUUGGCGUCUCCUCUGUAGUCUCUUAGUCUACAAAAGAAGAUGAUACUCAAGUUGUUUAGCAGCAAACCAUUGAUUGUUGUGCGUAUUGUAUCAUGUCUCUACUAGUUUCACUAAUCUCUCUCUCUUUUUCUCUCUUCACUGUUGUUGAUCUGGUCAUGUUGUGUAAUGGUUUCUAGGAACUUGAGUUCAUCUAUAUAUCUCUUUAGAACCACA